CUCUCUCUCUCUUUCAGCGCCCAUCAUCGAAUUGACCAUAUGAUGGCGAACGACAAUUUGAAACGUGAGGAGAAGCCAUCUGAGGCUACUUUCCUGUCACACAAGAAUGAAGAACUUGACUCCCACAUUGUGAAUGAAGUUACUGACUUUUCUAGGACCUUUCAUGAUCAUAAUGGCACUGGGGCUAAUACCAUGGCCUUCCCAUAUAAACUGCUGCCAUUGUUGCCCCUUCCUUGUGAAGAUAGUCCUGGAAUACCUCAACUUUACUCUCAGGAAAUAUCACAGAUUGGUACUAGUUUUCUGACUGAUGUCUCCCAAUUCAGCAACACCCAAAAUCAAAAUCCCAAGAUUGACCAUAAUUUCACAUAUGGGAAUGGUAAUGACCCCAUUCUAUGCAGGCCAAUGUCAAACUUGUCAUCUUUUGGAGGGAACAUGAACAAAUUAUGUCCGUUUUCAUGCUAUGAUAAUUCAGGGUCUCUAAAUAAUGUAAGGAAUUUUUAUGCCAAUAGUUUACAGAAGCUUCAGAUUGACAGAAAACUUAAAAAUGCACGCAGUAGUUCAGAAGGAGUCAUACAAAUGAUCACGCAGGAUGGAGAAGCAACUGACAGUAGUAUCUGUAUGCCUCAGCUAAGAAGUGAUUUCUUAAACCAUGGAGUUAGCAAGCCUGUAUUAAGCCAUACCCCAGAUGGUGAAGAACUAGGAAUUAAAAACAGUGUCAUGAUCAGUGAUGUUGAAUCCAAUUUUACAGAAAACCUUGAUGGGAGUUUCCUGAACCUUGGUAUUGGAGGUAAUAUAGGGGCUAUAUAUCAUUCUAUUGUUUCUGGCAGAAACAUCACUGGUAAUACUGGACAGGUUGUUCCUCCUCAAUUCAAUACUUACCUCACUCAAAAGGAAAAGAAAAUUUCAUUGAAUCAUGGUCUGAACAAGGCUGGCCUUAUUUCUAGUUUUCAGAUCAAUGUUGGAGGAAUGUCUACUCUAGUGCACAAUGUGGGCGGUUGGACCUCUUGUAAUAAUGAUCUUGAAGUAAUGUCUGGGACAAGCACUGGAUGUAAUUCAAGUCCUUCAUGCGUCUUACAAACACCACGAAUUGAUAAGCUACAUCACGUUUCAACCCCAAGAAACAUGAACUUAGGCCUUGGAGUCAAAGGGAACUGGGAUGCAAGAUUUUCAAAUAUAGACCCUAAUCAUGAAGUUGAAGGUUUUCCGGCCAUAUCUACAAAACCACUUGUCAGCAGUCAACCUGGGAUGCCUGAUCCUGGACAGGGCCGGGCGACUAGGCUGCCCUUGUUACCUUCUUUGAUCAGGAGUACCACUCAACCAGCUUCUGACCAACCAUGGAAAUGUUAUCUGGAAUCUUCCAGGAACUUCUUAUCUGAAUCUUCCCUUGCUUCUCCUUCUACUGGGCUCAUAGGAAGCACCCCCAUGCAAGACAAGUCAGGUCGUCUUGGUCAACCUGAAGCCAUUGUUCCUGUUCAGUUUUCAAAAAUUGGACCUGCUUCUACCACCGGUCAAGGAAUGCCAGGGGCAGAGAGAAAUUUGACUGCUCAGACUUCUAGUGAUCUUGUUGGACCAUCUCUUAAGAGGCGUGCAACUGAACUCCUCACAGCUGCUAUCCCGUCUCGCCGCAGAAAGACCAGAACACCAAGACCUUCCAUUCCUCCAUCCAAGCCAACUUUGGCCCGUAGUGCUCCAUCACUCCCGAACCUGGCUCAGACUGCUUCUGCUCUACCACCUCCACCCCAGAUAACUUCAGCCCCAUCUCGUCUGCCCCAUUCCCGGACUAUUGUUUCUUCCCAAUUAAACAAAGCUCCUCCUCUACCACCCCUACCUCAUAAAACAGCUCUCCACAUAAAAUGGAAAGGCUUCAAUCGAACUCCUCGACCAAUUGGAGGGAAGUGUUUGUUAUGCAAGAGGAACCUCUCAUUCACACCGGAUGGCCCUGUUUUCCAGCCAACUAAUCCUCCAGCUGUUGCCGUUUUACCAUGCACCCACACCUUUCAUGAGUACUGCUUGCAGCUUAUCACCCCUGAAGACCAAGCUAGUAAUCCUCCAUGCAUUCCUUGUGCCAUUGGUGAGAAUUAAUGCCAGUGUGCUUUAGCAUUCGGUUAAUUCCGAAAUGUGAUCUCUGGUCUCUAAAUUUUGUUAGCAUUCUUCAUAUAAAUUUUCUAGAGAAAAUUUACUGAAUGAAGUAGGUGAAAUCCGUAACUGUAUAGAUCUCACAAGAGGGCUCUUCCAUAGGUUUUACAAAGUAGUUAGGCCAUUAUAGAGUGUAUAUAUAGUAAAACACCAUUUUACUAUCAUAAAUGGCCCUUUUUGAAUUGGAAGUUCAAAGCAUACACUUAAAAGUUUCCAUCAGAUUCUCUUAUCUUGCUUGUAAGUGGAAAGAAUGUUUCAGGGUUUGUUUACAAUUUCUAUCACCUCAUGGUUUUUGUUAGA